CUCCAAACAUAUUCAGCCCGUUUCUCUCCGAAUGAAGGACAUGACGCGCAGACAUUUUUUUAUUGUCAGUAUUAUGCCGUGCAUGAAUGACAACAAGGGAGAAAGAGAGAGAGAAAGGAGGAAGUAAGUGAGCGCGAGAAAGAGGAAGAGAGAGAGAGAGAGAGAGAGACUAUACAACUAUGUCGAUGAUCCCUACGAGUUAGGAACGCGGUGCUCAGCGCGCAGUGCAGACAGCCACUUUAACACCUCCAAUCACUAAAGGAUUAUCAACACUUCUGCUGUCAUUCCAGACCAUUCAGAUACUGGCGUCUUGAUCGGCGACCGAAAUUCACGCACCAGGAAGAUAUCAGUUUUCAAUGUCAAAGUAAAGGAGCAUCGCUGAUUCUAAAGAUGGAGAAAUGAACCACCGGUGAGGCUUGAAGCAGUGGGGUCAGCUGUAGAUGAGUUUCCUGCACCAUGCCGCCGGGGGUCUACGGCAUGCAGGAUGUGUGGGAGAGGGAGGGUUGGCAACAGGUCAACAUGGAGUUCCUCCUCCCCACAGGGAUCUACCUUAACUUUACUGUAACAUCCAGUGACACCAUUAGUACCAUCAAGAAGAUGGUGUGGAAGAAUGCCAGGAACGAGCCUCUGUUCAGUGCCCUGAGUGACCCGGAUGCCUACGUCUUCACCUGCAUCAACAUGACCGCGGAGCGGGAGGAGCUGGAAGAUGAGCAGCGUCGCAUGUGUGACGUUCGGCUGUUCUUGCCAAUUCUCAGGCUGGUGGCCCGGGAAGGAGACCGAGUCGAGAAGCUCAUCACCACCCAGAUCAGUCUUCUUAUAGGAAAAGGUCAUCAUGAAUUUGACUCCCAAAAAAACCAUGAGGUGAAUGAAUUCCGAACAAAAAUGCGGACAUUUUGUGAAGAGCGUGCUCAGGUGCGUCAGAUGUUGCCAUGGGAUCAAUGGAUGGAGUACAACUUCCCAUGUGACUUGGAGCCGUGCUCUGUAGUGGCACAAUCUGGGAAAUCGUGCAGUGACAAAAAGAUUUUUGUCAAUGUGAAGUUUGAGGGCAGUGAGGAGACCUUCGUUCUCCAGCAAGGUCCACAGGACCUGCCAAUGUUUCUGAAACAGAACGCCUUGAGAAAGAAGUCCACCGUGUUCCGAUCGGCAAAGCAGGAGAAGCCAGAGGACUACGCCCUUCAGAUUAACGGGAGAUGGGAGUUCAUUUAUGGAAAAUAUCCACUCUGCCAGUUUAAAUAUAUUUUUACAUGUUUGCAUGGAGGUAUUACCCCACACCUGACCAUGGUGCAUCAUUCAGUCAUCAUCAAGUACCAGGAGGAACAGGGUGGCCUCAGUAACCAGGUGUCCAGGAGUCGUGCUCAGUCCAAACCGCCCCCACUGCCUCUGAAAAGGCAAAACACGUCUUCGCUGUGGUCUAUCCAUGAGCCUUUCUAUAUAUACCUUCUACAGGGUAGCCGAGUGAAUGCAGAUGAAGGCAUGAAGCUGGUGGUUCAGGCUGGCCUCUUCCAUGGCAGUGAGCUCCUGUGCAAAGUGGUGACCAGUAAUGAGGUCAGUGUUUGCUCCGAACCCGUAUGGGACCAGAAACUAGUGUUUGACAUCAGCGCGAGUGACCUGCCUCGGAUGAGUCGCCUCUGCAUUGCCCUCUACGGCGUCAUCGAGAAGACCAAGAAGCGCCCUACCAAGAAGAAAAACAAAAGUUCGGACUGCCCUUUAGCCUGGGUUAACACGAUGGUGUUUGACUACAAGGACCAACUAAAAACUGGAGAAUUUUCCCUGUCCACAUGGCCAUCAGUCCCAGAUGAUAAAGGAGAUUUGUUGAAUCCUAUGGGCACUGUGGAGAAAAAUCCAAACAUUGACAGCACGGCUGGUCUUCUGAUUCGCUUUCCCAACAUCAGACCACACCCCCUGUAUUAUCCUCCAAUUGAAAAGCUAAAUGAGCUGGGUUUGAAUGGUGAAAAAACUGUUGCUACAAAAGAAGAGCACCUGAAACUGAGAGAGAUUGUGGACAAUAAAAACUACACCGAGUUCUUUGAGGAUGAGAAGGAGCUUCUGUGGAAGUUACGUGAGGUGGUGAGGCAGCGAUACCCAGAGAGCCUCCCCAAACUCCUCCUCAUCACUAAGUGGAACAAACACGAGGACGUGGCUCAGAUGGUUGGUUUGUUACGAAAAUGGCCAGAAUUGCCUGCUAUACAUGCUCUAGAACUUCUGGACUACAGUUUCCCUGACCCUCAUGCCCGCUCCUUCACUAUCCGCUGCCUCAGGAAGUUGCGUGACGAUGAGCUCUUUCAGUACCUCUUACAACUGGUGCAGGUUCUGAAGUAUGAAUCCUACCUGGAUUGUGACUUGACCUGUUUCUUGCUUGAGAGAGCCCUGGCCAACAAGAAAAUAGGUCACUUCUUGUUUUGGCACCUCAGGUCAGAAAUGCAUGUGUCCUCAGUCAGCUUGAGAUUUGGACUUAUUCUGGAGGCGUUCUGUCGUGGGAGCAUCUUUCACCUCAAGAACUUGAUGAAGCAGAAUGAGGCUCUGAAUAAAAUGAAAGCUCUCAAUGACUUUGUGAAAUCAGGCAGUCAGAAAGCAACCAGGAUACAGACUACAGAGGACAUGAAAGUGUGCAUCAAACAGGACACUUACAUGGAAGCGCUUUCGGAUGUCGUUUCCCCUCUCAACCCGAGCAUCGUGCUGUGUGAACUAUGUGCAGACAAGUGUAAGUUCAUGGACUCAAAGAUGAAACCUCUGUGGCUGAUGUACAAGAACAAAUAUGAUACUUUGGGCAUUAUCUUCAAGAAUGGAGACGAUUUGAGGCAGGAUAUGCUAACCCUUCAGAUGAUUCAGCUAAUGGAUGUUUUAUGGAAAACAGAAGGUCUUGACCUCAGAAUGCUGCCCUACGGAUGCCUGUCAACUGGAAAUAAAACGGGUCUUAUUGAGGUGGUGAAAAACUCAGACACUAUCGCCAACAUCCAGAGAAACAACAGCAACAGUGCAGCCACCGCUGCCUUCAACAAGGACGCUCUUCUCAACUGGCUUAAAUCCAAAAACCCAGGGGAUAAACUGGAUCAAGCCAUUGAGGAAUUCACCCUCUCCUGCGCAGGCUACUGUGUAGCCACAUAUGUUCUGGGAAUAGGGGACCGUCACAGUGACAAUAUAAUGAUCAGGGAAACGGGUCAGUUAUUCCAUAUAGAUUUCGGGCACUUUUUGGGGAACUUCAAGAGCAAAUUCGGGAUCAACAGAGAACGUGUACCUUUCAUUCUGACAUACGACUUUGUCCAUGUAAUUCAGGAGGGACGGACCAACAACAGCGAGAAAUUUGAACGGUUUCGUGAGUGCUGCGAACAAGCCUACAAAAUCCUUUGCAGGAAUGGGACUCUUUUUGUGAAUCUUUUUGCCUUGAUGAAAGCUGCAGGACUCCCUGAGCUCAGUUCUUCCAAAGACAUCCAAUAUCUCAUGGACUCUUUGGCACUGGGGAAAUCUGAGGAGGAAGCACUGAAGAACUUUAAAGUGAAAUUUAAUGAAGCUCUAAGAGAGAGCUGGAAGACCAAGGUGAACUGGAUGAUGCACACUUUUGCCAAAGAUAACAGAUAAAUGGCACUUGAUCACAGGAGACCCACUGAAACCCUCUUGAUGCUGAGUUUUGAUUUAAACCAAUGCAGCUUUGAACACAAUCAAUGUCGCACUGCUGUCUAGCAUUUAUGGCAUUAUACUUCCAUGCAAAGGCAAAAAAAGGCAUGACCAAUAUCAUAGUUCAAAUGCGACUAGAUUUGGUGUUUAAAAUCCGGAAAUUCAGUCAAAGAAGUUCCUGCGUUUUUUUUUUGUUUUUUUUGCAGGGCAGUAUAUACAUCAACAGCUGUUUAGCGAAUGUUUACAUCUGUGACGUAAUAUUGAAUAAUUCUAUACAUUUGUUUUAGUGAGACCUACUGCUUGAAAUGAGAGUAAUUUCAGAUACAUGUUGUAUUUGCAACACACUGCACUGGGAAUCGAAGCUACAAAUUUAACAAUCUAUUGGCGUGCCACUAAUUUAACUAGCAUCUCUGAUUUGUAUCUGUCACAUUUGUGUACCUGCACCGAUUAAGUGAGAUUAAUGUAUUUAUCAUUUAUAACUGUACAGCAUAAAUAAUUGCCUUUUGUUCUGAAGAAGAAAGCACUUUGUGUUUUCAUACAGUUUACAUUUUUGUUUUGUCACAUGAAUGUGUUUGGUUGUACAUAUUCUUUAGUGUAUCAUACGUAUAUUUACAUUCCUUAAAACAGUAUUUUUUCAUUUGAAUUAUUUGUAUAAUAGGGGAAAUUGUUGAUCAGGAAAGCCUUUGUAUAGUGGUGUACAUGAGAAGACAUUUUUUAUGUCAGUGUAGAAAUGAGCCUUAAAUAUUUUGUAUUUGUGGGGUAUUCUGUGCCUUUGGGAUGAGACACAAGCCAUCUUGAAGUCGUGUCCAAAGAGUUAGCUUUUUGUUCAGUGAAAUGUGUUCAAAGGAUGUAUGCCUUGUACUACUGUACUAUAAAUCAGGGCAAAAGUGGAAUAUUGUUGCUCUGUAGAACAUUGGGCUGUUAAUUGUGUGCCUAUUUUGAAUAUAGAGUCAGUCAAGCUUGUGUUUUCUCUUCCGGUAAACCUUAAUCAGUUCCAGAAUGUGUCGCCACAGUAUUCUCUGACUGAAUCCACUGCUACUUGAUUCAUGAAGAUACUUUUUCUCAAAAGAUGUGUAAAUUUUGUUUAUUUUGAAUCUUUAAAUGUCCUCUAGAAUGUGAUUUUUUAAAAAAAAGAGAUUUAAAGUUAAAUCCAUCUAAUCUUUAUAUAUGACAGUCCUAUAAACACCCACCGCAUGUAAGGAAGAUUUGUGGACAGAGGAAGAACUUUCAAAUAAUGAAUGGAUUUUAGCAGUGGUUCAGGUAUUGAUUAUCAUCUAUUGGACUACUAGCCGAGUACCUCUCAUGCUGUGGUUUUGUUCAAGCCAUCAUUAUUCAAUAUUUUUGAUUGCGUACCAUGAUCUUUAAGUUACUUCACAGUGUGAAACGCCAGGAUCUUGAAUUUCUAGGUUUACUAAUGUAUUGUUUCAGUUUUUAACUGCUUUCUGAAGUUUUCAGAGAUGUUAUGGAAGUGUGAUACUCAUUCUCAUUUUUGCCAUA